CUCUUGCGCGCGCGCGCGCACACACACACACACACACACACACACAGUUGAAGUUGAAGAGACGGAGUGAAGUUGAAGGUCUACAAGAGAUGUUUUUCUCAGGGUUCCUGGUGUUGGUGUGGAUCUGCAGAGGAUCUGCCUCGACUCUUCCUCACCAGAUCGAGUGUACGGUGGUGAAUCUGGAGUAUAUAACCUGCAGAUGGGAUGUAAACAGAACCCUGGUGGAGAACUACAUCUUUCGAAGCAGUUUUAAGAAGCCGGUUAACUCUAGCGAGUGUUCCUCCUACCAGUAUGAGGGGGCGGUUCGUGUCGGCUGUGUCGUUCCCUACAGCGAGAAACAGCUGCAGAGAUUCGACAGUUUCUUUACUUCAUUAUACACAAACCAGAACACAAUCAUCACAAGCCAGGAGUACAGCACACUGUUAAAGAGAGUGAAGUUAAAUGCUCCGUAUAAUGUGUCGGUGGUUUGGGGAGAUCCGUCUCUGUGGAUUCAAUGGAACAUCACCAGUCCAACUAAACUUCUGUGUCAGGAAAGCGAAGUUCGCUACAGAAUCAACGGCCAAGAUUGGAGAGUGAACAGCGGAAUUGAGAACAAAUUUACUGUGCCGUUUCCUAACACUCAGACUCAGUACGAGUUCCAGGUGAGGGUGCGCAUGUCCUCCGUCUGUGGAGAGUCUGAGCUGUGGAGUGAAUGGAGCGAGCCUGUGUUCUGGGGUUCCAUGAAGGAGAUUAAUGACACAGAGUCGAGACAGACGAUGUCUGCAGGUCUGAUGGUCUUCUGCACGAUUGGAGCUGCUGUGCUUCUCAUCAUCCUCACCUGUCUGCUCAUCCACAGCGAGAGACUCAGAGUGAUCCUGGUUCCAGUUGUACCAAGUCCCAAAAAUCUUGGAGAUCUUAUUGACAGCUAUGGUGGAAAUGUCGAGAAGUGGCUGCACAUCUCCAAAGAGCUGCAGGACGGAUUUAAGCCGAACUUCAGCGAGCGACCCUGCACGGUGCGAGAGUUCAGGACGGAGACUCACAGUGAGUCGGAGAGUGACGACAGUCUCUCGGUCCACACAGCCGUCUCUUCUGAUUAUCAGUCCAUGAAGAGCUUCUCGUCCACCUCCACACUGCCCUCACACCCAGACAGCCCCUGCACUGAAACCACGCCCCUCAGUGGCCUGUAAAUCCACAACGCCCAGGAGAAACACACAUCUGGACUCUAAACUGGGGCUUCCACAAGUCAGGAUCAAAACGUCAAUGAAAUCUAUUAUAUAAAUUAAAUAUGAACCUGAUUUACAGCAUAUCUCUAGAAAUCAUAUUCAGAAUAAUGAUAUAUGUAAAUAUAUGUAAAUGUAUUUCAGGUCAUUGUGAGUAACAUUGCCAGAAAUGCAAUGACUAAAAGCUUCAUUCUCGUAUACCUUCAUAUAACGCAGAAUACUCACAAAACUGAAGCAACAUGGAAGCUUUUUUUGCUGAAAUUACGAUAAAUGAAAAAAUAAUUUUACUGUGUUUUUUUUUCUAGAAUAUAUUUGCAUACGUGUACACAGAAUGAUUUAUAUAAUUUGAAAAAAAUAAACAACUUUUUAGUGCUUACAGUUGUACAGCCAAACAAUUAAA